CGUCGACCGCAACAACUCUUCGGCCAAUAGUGGCAGCGAUUACAACAAACAGACAAAAGCGUCGCCAAAGGGUCGCGCAAAGAGUGGGCGGAAACCCAUGAGAAACGAUAAGUUGACUCCCGAGGAGGAGAAGAAGCGACACCAGCGCCGGGAGCGCAACAAACAGGCGGCCGCGCGCUGUCGUAAGCGGCGUAUGGAUCACACGAACCUUCUGUUGAUAGAGACGGACGGCUUGGAGGAGAAGCGACAGUCACUGCUGAACGAAGUGGAAGAGCUCCGCAAACAGAAGGAUGAGUUGGAGUACAUUCUGUCGACACAUAAAAUGAAUUGCAAAAUGAAUGCAUCGAAAGCCCAUGAGAUGGAUGUGAAGCCAGUGGUGAGCAACGGGUCGGUCAUAGCGAUGAGCGCGUCGGCCAAGUCGAGGCCCACCUCAUUGCCACUGACCUGCAUGAACACCGACCCCAUGUCCGACACGGGAAUACCCAUUCAGACGCCGUCCACUGGUCUCAUCCUUGAGGCAUUUGCUGAGAGCGGCACUGGUCUCACACCAGUGCUCACGCCGUCCGUCAUCACCCCUUCCUCUCACUUUCGCCAUAAACUGAGUCCCAAUACUGACAAGAAGUUUCUUCAAUUAAAUUAACACAUUAUGCAACUAAUCAUCAAAACUUUUAUUUAUUUUGAAGUCAUAUUUAGUCAACACAUUUCUAUUUUUAAGAGUAAUGACCGG